AUUUGAACAUGUGCCGAAAAUCUUUAAUGAAUAACUUCGGACGAGUAGGAGGCAAAUGCUGCCCCAGCUGUUUCCUGUUGAAAAUGUCUGUGUAAUGUAGAUAAAUGUGAGGGAUUUUCUUUCUAAAUCCGUCUCCUGUUCGCUAAAUCUCACUUCUCCUAAACGAGUCUGCGCAAUGGAACAAAGUCGGAAUAUUGAGAUGUGACAUUGCCCGCAUCUCAUCCUCUUUCUCCGCGUUUUUUAAUGACUUCAAACAAGUUCAUUUUCGCCGGGCUUUGUCUUGCGGAGACCCGUGGGGAUGACUAGCGCUCUUUCCUCUCAGUGGCAUUUAUGUGAUGUCUUCAAGAGUGCGAUGUGCUGUAUCUCCUGUAGCCACACCCUCUCGCUACUGCUGUGCAUCCUCACCCUGACUCCGACGACAACAGGGGCGUUCCCAGAGACCCUGUGCGGGGCGGAGCUGGUCGACACGCUGCAGUUUGUGUGUGGAGAGAGAGGCUUUUAUUUCAGUAAGCCAGGCUAUGGCUCCAGUACACGACGGUCACGUGGCAUUGUGGAUGAGUGCUGCUUCCAAAGCUGUGAGCUGUGGCGUCUGGAGAUGUACUGCGCACCUGCCAAGACUAGCAAGCCGGCUCGCUCUGUGCGUUCACAGCCCCACACAGAUAUGCCGAGAAUAUCUAAGGUUAGUACCGCAGGGCACAAAGUGGACAAGGGCACAGAGCGUAGGACAGCACAGCAGCCAGACAAGACAAAAAACAAGAAGAGACCUUUACCUGGACAUAGUCAUUCAUCCUUCAAGGAAAUGCAUCAGAGAAACUCAAGUCGAGGCAGCACAGGUGGCAGAAAUUACAGAAUGUAGGGAAGGAGCAAAUGGACAAAUGCCCAGUGGUUUGGGAAGAAAGAAGGGAGUGGCCUUACCUGGUACCCCUGUGGAAUGGUUCACUGUAAAACAAAACAAAGAGGAUGUGAGCAGUGGUCUGAAAAGCUCUUCAAAAUGAUUCAAACUUGAGAGCUAAGUGUUGUUAAAGGGUUUAAUGAGGGGCCUUGUGGUUACUUUAUACACUGCACCAUUUGAUAGUGGGAGGAACUCUUUGUUAAAUGCAAUGUAACAGACUAGUUUAGCUGCUGAGACACCAGUAAGAGCUUAUUAUACCUCCAUGUAUGAGCUGCAGCAUCCUCUGUCUCCAAGAAAGGUGGGAAUGGAUCUGGGUUUCAGCCAACCAGAGGGCAGCAGGCUGUGUUUAAAAAUGAGUGGUCCAUCCUGUCCCCUGAACUUUGAGGAGGUAAAUGCUUUUACUCUGAAAAACUGAAUUCAUUCACUUCUUUGGUAAAGCAAGAUACUUUAUGACCUAUCACAUUUAACGGUUACUAUCCUAGUUCAAAUUUGAUAAUCUUACCAUCAAAGUUUGUGUUUAUGCACCAUGCAUCACUGAGGACAAUUUUAAAAGAAUAAAACAAUGUUUGCUUUAAGGACAAAGACCAGGUGUUCUCAUCAUCAGAUUUCAAUCAUUGUUGUAGUUAUUUUACCUUGAGCCCAAGUCAGAUACCUACUCUCAGUGACUGAAGGCACAGUUCUUCUCUCAAAUAGAGUUGUUAGAAGAUUUGAGUCCAAUCCAAAUCCUUGCUAAGCCUCAGAGGACUGAUGUCACAAUCCAAAUACUUAAUUGUAUGACAACAGAUCUAGCACAAUUAGAGGGGAAGUACAGUUUGUACUAAAAAAUUUAUAUUGUUAACAUUGCACCAAACACAAAAGAAAGCCACAAGCACAUUGAAUUUAAGUGUUUUUGGUGCUUGGCUUGGUUGUCAGAAAUGGGUCAUUCAGUGGAUUCAAAGUGCAUUUGGCAAAGGUGAGUGGAAGUCAAAAAGCAACAAUAAAGCAGCAUGUUUGCCGUCUGCAUCUUUUUCACAUGGCACCAGUCUGGCCAAAUCUGACAACAAUCCAGUUACCCGGUAAUCAACAUUUUAGUCUGAGUGGAGGCCUGUGUUCAAGGUUAAGUCGUGAGAAUUUUAUCACUGCAAAGUCAACAAGCGCUUAAAAAACAAACAAUAAAAUCAGCUACAGUAAAAGCUUUUCCCUGUUCUCAUGAAGAAUUAGUAAAAUGUUCUCAGAUCUGUCAAUACCAAAGGUCAAAAGAAACAAUAGAGAGGCUGUAACACUAGUCACCUAGAUGGGGAAGCGUAAUUAUUAAUUGAUCUUAGCCUGUGAUAUUUUGUUAGUUUAGUGAGGCUGAGAACUUUGCUACUUUAGUUGUCGCUUUGGCUGUAUUUAUCUGUCACGAUGGCGAGAGUACAACAAAACACCACAGGAUCUGCUGCAAAGUCCACCAGACAGAGACGCAGAUCAAACAAUUUGGUAAAUAUUGCACACCAAAAUGACCAGUUCUCCUGGAGAUGGAAGAUACAGCACACAUAUAACAGUACACAAACACACAUACAAAGCACCCAGUGUAAAUGAGUUGUGUAAGAGUUAUGAUCAAGGGUCAAGCAUGCACACAUCAUUCAUGAAAAGUUGUUUCUAAGAAGUCCUUGCAUGUGGACUGAUAGCAAUGGCUUUUUGUUCAAGCCUCCAUGCAGACUUAGUCAUUUUAUUGCACAAGCCGCCCAAGACAUCUCAUCUCUGCCUCUGCCUGUGUGUAAUCAAACAGUACUCCCAUUUAUGUUAACCUAUGCAUUACUAUCAUUCAUUGUACAUGAUGGUUUCAUAUAACAAAAUUGUAUUAAAAAUCCUAUCCACUGUAUAAUGGUGCUAUUUUGUAGUUUGUUACUUGCAAGAGAUGGCUGAGACAGACAGAUGGCAGGGCCUAAAUCGGAGGUCUUCCCUUUUGCACAGCCUUGUGGCCACCAUUUUGCUAGUGUUUUUUAAGCUGUUUCAGUAAAGUAAUAGUGUAAGAGAGUAAAUGUAUCUGUGUGAAAUCUGUGAAUGCAUGCAAGAAAGAAAGAAAGAAAGAAAAUACCAUGUUGUGUUCCAAAGAAGGCAAAAUGUUAUUUUUUUUCUACUGUAUAGACCCCUUAUGCCAAAUAGCUGGACAAAAGUACUGUGAACUGUGAUAGAUUGUUAAAAGUCAUGGCGUGCUUUUGUCUGGCCUGAGUUGUGUGUGUACAUGCACCUCAGCGGAUGCCAAGAUUACUAAAAACAUGAAACUGUUACUUUUGCUGAACACUGAUAACUGUCAGUAAUUAUAGGACAAUCAUUACACAAUGAAUUUGCCUUCUUUAGUCAAACACUUUAAAGACAAAAUUGUAUUUCUUUUAUCUGUAAACAUGCUAAAAUUUAGUGCAACCGGCACACAAGUAGCAUAAAGUGUGACGUUUGAUAAAGACUCAAUGUCACACGGCAUCUUGCUGAAAGGAACAGUUGAAUAUAUGAGUGUUCAUCAAUAUCCUCAUUUAGCUCUUGGCAAGAAAGACUAUUUCCCAAAGCUAUUGCUUUAUGCUUGCUAAUAUUAGCUACAACUAAUGUGCCUAAAAUAUUGGCCAUACUAGACCAAUUAAGGCUGAAGUGACAAAAUUUCUGUUUAUUGAGAUGUAUAAGGUUGUGUUUUACUGCUUAUGAAUUCAUACAUUACAUUUCAUACUGUACAUUGCAUAGUCUCGCUUAAGUUUAAUUUAUUUUGCUCAGAUCAUUUGUUAGCAGCUCUCUGAAUUAAAACUUUUAAACAUAUGUUUUUAUCUGUCACAGUCAAGGUUUUAAAAUGAGAAUUUAUGUACGUACUUUGGUGUCUGUUUCUUAUUAAUUCUCUUAUCAGUCAACCUGGUGGCUAAAAUGAUAAAGAAGCUGGUUGGAAGACAUAACAGAUCCUCCUCUUCAGAUAUACAGUACAAACCAAAGACUUUUCGAUGAGAACAAAGCCUCACUCAGCAUUAUAAUGUCAUGCACUAAUGUUAUCAGUAAAUGUCAGUUAAUGCAUCCCUAUCUGAACUCCACUGCAGCUACAGUACUUCCUUCACACACUUCUUUUGGAACCUGAAAUACAGCUUGUGUAAUAAAUAGUAAAGUCAGCCAGACUAAAGCCCUUCAGUCUUAUCUGGUUUUUCUGGAACACAGAUGAAGCAACCACCUUCAACCCAUGAAACAUUUCUGUUUGUCACUUGUGUAAAAUGAUGAAUAAAGCCUAGAUUGUGGGUAUGUGUGAGAAACCUGCUACUCUGCGGGUGUUUAAUUAAAAAAUGUCAUUUCCUGAAGCUUACAAUCAAAGAAACUGUUUGAUUACGGUAUUGUUAUUUAUGGUGCUUG